AAAUCUAACAACCUUCUUCUUUUUUUGCGUGGACUUCUUUAGAUAGGUCAGCCAUCCAAGUAGAAAAAAUGUCGUAUAUGGAUAUGUACGAGCUACUGAUAUUCAAGAGCCAGAUGCAGCAAUCCAUUAAUACUAUAAAGGCAGACAAGCAGAAUGUUGCAGCUGUGCAUACGGAGAUUCAGUCAUCCAACGCUGUUACCGUGAAGCUUUGCACAUGACUUCUUCUUUUUCAAUCAAUGCAGUUCAACUGGCUCCGUCUCGUCCUCAUAACGCUGUAUUAUACACAUAUACAUUUUUUUUCUCUUCUUUCCAUUUCCUAUUUUGCUCCAUUCAAUAUUUCGUUUUCUUCAGCAAACCAUUUGAAUUUUUUCUCCUGUUCAUUUCAUCGUUAUCAUCUAUCACCGUGAAUGUCUACUACAGACAUUGUUCUGUCAGGUAGAGCAAACAAAUAAAAUGAGCAGAAAUAGUAUUUGCUUUUUAGUUCGUACUUCUAUACAUGAUGUACAAGGUGGUUUCUAGG